UUUACAUUUUUAGCCACUUCUUCUUUCCCUGCUGCACAUUUUAAAGGGACAUGUUGUAAUUUAACUCCACUGCAUUUCUUCGAGAACCAAAGUCACUCAUUACUUUUCAGAUAAAGAUUUUAUUUUACACAAAAAUCAUGUUGUUAAAAGUUAAACUCGUGUUUCUCAACAUUUUUGACUUGUGACCAUUUACAUCAAAUCUGAGUCUGGCUCAUGUUCAAAGAGGUGAAAUUAUCCAACGCUCCCACAAAAGACGUCAAGAUUGGACCCCUCAGAUUUAUCUGGUGACCCAGAUAAGGGGCCCGACCCUUAGGUUGGGACCCACAGGACUAAAUUAUGUAAGCGUAUGUGACGUAGUUAAAGCAGCUCCACCUGCAGCAGCUACGACAGUAAAAUGCUGCUGAAGCAUCGAUGACUCAGGAUCAAUGAUCUGAUAAUACCAGAUAUAAUAAUACACCAGUCACAUGGGGCACAAGAGGUCACUGCAGGGGUUCAAAGAAUGAUUAUUUUCAUAUUUAUUAAAAGAUUUUUCUCAUUUUAAAUCUCCAUCCUCGACAUCUUCAAACGUCUCGUUGUGUCCGACCCACAGAUCUUCAGUUUACUGUCGUUUUUAUGACAAAGGAAAAACAUCAAAUUCUCACAUUUAAUAAGAUGUAACCAGGGAAACGAUGAAUCUUUUAUCAAAAUAAAUCGGCUUCAGAAAGAUUUUAAAUACAUUUGCAAACAAACUCUAAAAACAUGUUUUCACUCUGUCAUUAUUGAUCAUGGAGCGUCGACUGAUGCACAGACUGUUGAUGUCAGUGAAAUGUGGGAAACAUACAGGGGUCUGAAAACUGUCUGAAGCUGCUGCAGCUGAAGCAUGUGGAGUUCAGGAAACAGAUGAGAGUGGACACCAUCAUAUCUGACUGGAGACCUCCUGAGGUGAUCGAGAAGUACGUGUCUGGAGGGAUGUGCGGAUACGACAGGGAGGGAAGUCCCAUCUGGUACGAUGUGAUUGGUCCCCUGGAUCCCAAAGGUCUGUUGCUGUCGGCAACCAAGCAGGACUUCCUGAAGACCAAGAUCAGACACACAGAGAUGCUGCGGCAGGAGUGUCAGAGGCAGACCGAGAAGCUGGGGAAGAACAUUGAAGCCAUCACUCUGAUCUACGACUGUGAAGGACUGGGACUCAAACACAUCUGGAAACCGGCCAUUGAGGCGUACGGAGAGAUCCUCACCAUGUUUGAGGAGAACUAUCCAGAGGGGCUGAAGAGGGUGUUUCUGAUCAAAGCUCCCAGGAUGUUUCCUAUGGCCUACAACCUGAUCAAACACUUCCUGUGUGAGGAGACACGGCGCAAGAUCAUCGUCUUAGGAAGUAACUGGCAGCAAGUGUUACGCACACACAUCGACCCAGAGCAGCUUCCUGUGGUGUACGGAGGAACCCUGACUGAUCCUGACGGAGACCCUCGCUGCAGAACCAUGAUCAAGUACGGCGGCACGGUGCCAAGGUCGUACUAUGUUCAGGACUCGGUGAAGGUUCAGUACGACAACAGCGUGACCAUCAGCCGCGGCUCCGUCUUCCAGCUGGACAGUGAUGUCACUGCAGCAGGCAGCCUCCUGAGGUGGCAGUUUGCCAGCGACGGAGCUGACAUCGGGUUCGGUGUGUACCGACGGACCAAAGAAGGCGGCGGUCAGGAAGUGGCCGACAUGCUGCAGGUUCUGCCGAGCCAACGCUACAACGCUCACCUGGUCCCUGAGGACAGCUGCCUCACCUGCCCCGAGCCCGGAGUGUACGUGCUGUGUUUCGACAACAGCUACAGCAUCCUCCAGUCCAAGAGGGUGAGCUACAAGGUCGAGGUCCUCCCUCCUGCAGACGGACAGACGCAGAGUCAACACAGCCGAGGAGACGUGAGGCUGCAGUGAUGGAGACCUCACAUGGAAACACUGACCCCUGACCCCUGACCCCUGUUCCCUGUUAUCACUGACAGUCAUAUCAACACAUCGAGGCUGGAAUAAAAUGAGCAGUGGACUACUAACCCCUCAUUUCUCCCUCCUUGUGCAUUGUGUAUGUAUUAGUUUGUAAUUAUUGAUAAGUGAUUAAAAAGCAAUGUCCCGCCCCCAGCAUCACUGAUGGACUCUCAGUGUGUUUCCAUCCACUUAAGUAAUCAGAUUACUCAGAGAAACUAAGCUGCGUGGGUAAUCGGUGUAGCGACCUGGUUACUGUAAAGAGCAGACACAUUCCUCACAGAGCCAAGAUGGCCGACAUUUACAACCCGACUUAUUUAGACUUGGCCCGGCAUUUCAGCUCAGAAACACUUCAGCGUGACACACACACACACACACACACACACACACACACACACUUAGGCAACAAAAGGAGCAAAGUUACUUUCUGAGGUCAUUGGAGUUGUGUAUCUGACGGUCUGAUCAUUGUACAGUCUGAUAUAUAUAUAUAUAUAUAUAUAUAUAUGUGUGUGUGUUGACAAUAAGAGGAUGUUGAUAAUAAUCUUCUACCUGCUUCUGUAUCUAACCACUGACUUUACUAAAUUAUGUAAAAUUAAAUAAUUAUUUUUUAAUUUAUGGAAACUUUUCAUUUAGUUUUUAGUUUUAAUGUCACUUGUAAUAAAAGCAGAAAUUAUGUAAACAUA